AUGGUGGGGAGCGGGCCCGCGGCCGUUCUGGGGAGCGCUCGCCCCGGCCCCUCAGCGCCCGCCGCUCGUAAACCUGCCCGUAAAACCCGCGGGAUCGCUUUUCAGAAAGAUCGCUUUCGGCGCGUACGCAUCCCGCUGAGAAAGGCUUCUCGAACCCCUCUCGUUUCCCCACGGUGCCCUUCGGCGGGGUGGUGGCACGGCCAGACCCGGGGGGAGCGGCCGGGGGUCGGGAGGGGACGGAACGGGGCGGCCGGGUGUUCCGUGCUUCCGACCUGCCGAGAGCCGCUGCGCCUCGCUGCAAUAAGCUGUCUUGUGUUUGUCACCUGGGCCUUGUGUGGCUUUUAUCAUCUGUGUGAUUUGCUUUGCUGUUCUCUUUCAGGGAUUUUGGAGUUCAUCAGCCUGGCGGUGGGGCUGGUUAGUAUCCGUGGGGUGGAUUCAGGACUCUACCUCGGCAUGAACGAGAGAGGCGAGCUGUAUGGGUCGAAGAAGCUCACAAGGGAAUGUGUUUUCCGAGAGCAGUUUGAAGAGAACUGGUACAACACGUACGCCUCAACGCUCUACAAGCAUCCGGACUCGGAGAGGCAUUACUACGUGGCUCUGAACAAGGACGGCUCGCCCCGCGAGGGGUACAGGACUAAGAGACAUCAGAAAUUCACUCACUUUUUACCAAGGCCCGUGGACCCUGCCAAAAUACCUGCAACGUACAGAGACCUCUUCCACUACAGGUGAUGUUUCCUGCAGCUGCCCCAUCAAUGUACAUACUUAGUGCUCUGGGAAAAAGCUUGGGAGCCCAUAUUAAUAGUCAUUCCAUCAUUCCUGUAAAUGUAGAUGACAUAGGAAAGCACUUACGUUGACUCCAGACACUGCUGUUCCUCCUUGUUUCAAGCGUAUAUCAAACCUGGGUUAUUUAUGGGGGUGGGGAUAGGGGUAGGGAGGGAACCCUACAUAUAAUCUUUCAUUUUCGUUCACUUUCUUUACUUGGUGGCUGUAAGAGAGGCCAAAGUCAGUGUUAUGGUUGCUUAAAAGAACAAACAGGCAAGCAAACUUGUUAACCAGGGAAAAAAAUAAACCAACUAGAAUUUAGGAGAAGGAAGGAAAACAAAAGACCACAGAAUUGCUCCAGAUGCCUCUGAUGAGCUCGGGGUGGUUUCUGGCUAAGAAGCAGCCUUUCAGAUGGCACCCUGCUGCAGCAGCCCAGCAGUUUGCUACACGGAUGAUACUACGUGGACUGGUCCUGGCGUGUGGGGUUUUUCCUGCUGUUGGGGUGGGAAUGGGGUGAGGAACAUUAUUCAGAUGUAAGCAUGGAUACUGUGCAUAGGGACAAAACUAUUUAUAAAAUGUAUAUGAUAUUUAUUUUAUAUAUUUAUUUAUUUCAAAAUAAUUUUAUUUUUAAUGAAAGAUGCUAUGACCGGAUUUUCAUCAGGAAGAAUAAGGUCCUAAUGAAACAGGAAAAAAAAAAAAAGAGUUUUAAGAGCUUAUUGGCAAUAAAAUUGUCUUUAUAUUGUA